UCUGGAACUUCCAAGCCUUCCAACCUGGAAACUGGAAACUGAAAACUGCAAGCCAUGCUCUGACACCUGCGUUUUCAACGAGACCACCACAAAACUACACUCGCCUACUGGUGAUGUGACAAGAUUCUGACGCACCCAGCCUUGGUCGACUGUGUUCACUGGGUGGACAACAUGUAUUUGCAGACGGCUAGUUGCUGCUUGAUAUCGCCCCGGGCGAAAGAGGCGACUUGCAACCAUAUGCUCGUGAUGCUAUACUCCGCGCCGCAUUCUGAUACCGACCUACGUGUUAGGAUGAUUGCCUCAACAAGAACCGAAUUGCUUGGUAACCCUCGGGCAUGCUAACAUUAGAACGUUUGGGCAGCAGCAGUGUUGAUUUCUCUGCUGCGUACCGCCGCUAGUGCCGCGAUUCGAUGACAUAUAUGUAUCUGGUUCCAGAAAGCACCCCUCCCACAUGCUCGUUGGGUGAUCACUCGUGCCUCAUUCGUCAGCAAACAACGGGGCGGGCACCCAGCGAAGGAACAGACGCCCCAGGUCAUGAUGGCCUCUGCUUAGCACCUCCGGGCCAUCUCCUUAUCCGUUACACAGCCCGCUCCAUUGGUUCCUCAGAUCAGUCUCUCUUUACUCAUCUCUUCUACUUGCAGCAGCCCAAUCAUCUCGACUGUGCUUGCUUCCACCAUUCCAGCCUGAGCAUCUUGUUGUCAAACACAUCGAGUGCCUAAAAGCUCUCCAGCUCCCCAGCUCCCACCAUUCCCGCCUCCCAUCCGUACUCAAGACACAUCACCAAGCUUUUCGAGAUCCCCCGAGACCAAAAACAAAGACCUGUCUUUUCUGGACCAAAAAGCCUCCACGACCCCCUUCCAGAGGGGUGUUGAUCUUGUCAAGAACAGUAGACCCCAAGCUGGCAUUUCUUUUUUUGGGCUUCCCAACCCGACCCUACCUCGAUGACGGUUGCGAACGACCGCGUGUUGCGCGUCGAGUCGGUCGAUGCCCUUGCACAACAGUUGUAUCGCCGUUCUCGGACUGCUGGCCCGGAUUUCAGUAAACUGAGCAAGGCUGUUGGCAGUCUCCAAAGGGUCCUCAAGCACCUACGCGACGAGGUCCAGGACGCCGACUCCCUUCUCAACCAACCGGGAUCGUCCAAUCAUGACAGUCCAAAUGGCGUCUAUCAUGAGGAGCUGACCAGGCUCGUCCAGGAGAGCGACUACACCAUCAAGCAGGUGAACACGCUUAUCGAAAAAUAUGGUGGUGCCAGCGCUGUCUCGAAUGGCAUGGGAGCCGAGAGCCGGGAUUCCUCCAGGACCCCUGAUGAAGACCCAACCGACAAGGCACUCAAGAUUGACCUAGUCAGGGAGCGCGUGGUCUCCCAAAAGGCCAAACUUUUCAACUUUCUGGACAUGGUGCAGCUACACAACCCAUCAAAGGUGCAUCAUUCGCUGGUGAAAUUAGACAACAACUCGCAGAUGGAAGACAUCAAGAACAAGGUGGAUAUCGUUGCCAACCGCUUGUUUCAAAAAAGACGAGGUUCACCAGUGGGAGAGCACCAAGAAGAGCUGUGGCAAGAGUUCAAGACUGAGUUCGAAAACGAGGGGUUCUCGUCAGACGUCCUCCGCAACAACAAGGAAGUCCUUCGGGCAUACAUACGCGAGCUCGAAUCGCACAAAGCCCCUCAGGACGGAACACCCCCUUCUGUUCGCGGACUGCUCGAAUGGGGCACCCAACCGCCAAUGGGAGAGCAGGGUGCUUCCUCAUCCUACCCAGUGCCCAACCCGGACCCAAGACCCAACCAUGGUGAUGCCCCCAUUAGUAACGAGGGACGACGACGGAUCCCGACCUCGGACACAGAGAAAACCCUUCAAGUCCAUCGACAUUUACAACCUCCUGCCAUCUCUAACCAUUCAUCACAUCUCAGCUAUGACUACUGCACAUCAUCUGAACCCUCCGACUCCGAGUCCAACCCUGUUUCUCAAACGACCUUGAUAUCAACGCGAGAUAUUCUCACCCUUGACUUGUACGAAGCUAACAAGAUGCCUGGACGCCUGGGCUCACGCGGCCCACCACCCAACUACAACCUGUCUCCUGGAACAUCGCCAGGAAAUCGGUAUUUGCCUCCUGGGGUUCAGCCGCUGCAGAUCCCUGGAGCAGAUGCCAUCUCUUACGAUGGCCAGUACUCGAGGCCUCCUCGAUACGCUUCGCCAUCCUCUCAGUUCCCGCCCCCUUACACCAGAGCCUUGUCCCCAAGUUCAUCGACCGUGACACCACCGCCUCCCUACACCAGCCAAGUGUCGCUCUCGGUCCCUCAUGCCGGGAAUGAUCUUUCUUAUCACCAACAUCGGCAGCAACAAGCUCGGCAGCACAGUAACCUAGCCCCCGAUGGUCGAGGCAAACAGAUCCCACUGGACGCGACCUGGACCAGAAUCAAGCGCAGCCUUGUAUCGCCUGUCGUUCUCGAGAGAGCUGGUGUGCGUUACGAGGCCAGACCGACCUUUGUUGCAGUCCUUGGCAAGCUGUCCCCCGAGCAAAUUGCCGAGUAUGCCAGACAGACUGCCGAAGUCCGAAACGCAAGAGGCCCAUCCAAUGCUCCAAGCGAGAUCUAUGAACCCCCCAACCGAGCACGCCCUCGAGGAUACCCCGAGGGACGAAGGAUGCGUGGAGGCGGAGGUGCAAGAAUUCGGAGCAACAACAACCCACCCCAACCGGCACACUGGGAUGAUGGCGAUUCCUCCGACGAUCAACGUGAUUACCGCCAGGAGGUGGCACGCACCAAAUACAUACCCAGAGGCUACACCCCCGAUAAAUACCGCCCCGAAGACAAGGGUGCAAGAGCCCACCCCAUCAUUAUCUCGACCCCUGAUAGCGGCUACGGCGAAGGCAGUAGGGUCUCACCCUCGGCCACUGUUGAGCCGAAGCCGAUCUUGAAACAGAACCACGUCCGGUUCAACGAUGGACCGAGGGACAUCUCUCCCGGCUAUUACACAGAUCGCUCCCACCGCGAAAAGGGUCGACGCCGUUCUGAGCGGGACAACCAAGACCGAGAUGACAGAGCCAGGGAUGACCGGUCCGGUGAUCGGGACAGUCGGGCUCGCGAGCAGCGUGAACGGGAGCGGGAGCGGGAACGGGAACGGGAACGUGAAAGAGAGAGGGACCGGCCUCGCAGAGGUAGUUCCCGCGACAGGGAGAGGGAGAGGGAGAGGGAGAGGGAGAGGGAGAGGGAGAGGGAGAGGGAGAGGGAGAGGGAGAGGGAGAGGGAGAGGGAGAGGGAACGUGAGCGGGAACGAGACCGGGAGCGGGAGCGCCGCAACCGCCAAUACACCGACAGGGAUAGAGAUAGGGAUCGGUACAGCCGAGAGAACAGUAAUGGCAACCGGUACAGAGACAGGUCGAGGGAAGAUGAUAGGUCGGCUUUGAGGAAGAGCCACUGGAAGGAGACGGCGGGGGCGAUUGGGGUGGGAGGGGCGGCUGCUACGCUGCUGAGUGUUUUGACGGAUGCUGUUCAGUAUUUGUGA